CAUAGUUGUAGUAGCGUCCUUGUAUAGAGAUACUUUCUUAGGCGAAGGAGGAGGCGAUCCUGACCCACAAUCCAUAUUAUAUAUGAUAAGCGACCAAUAAGCGACCAUCAUGGAGGAGGUGAAAGGGCAAGAGGCUUUGGCGACAUCGUUGCCACCGCCAAAAAGGAUGCCAACUUGGCGGAAGCUUGUCACCAUUUCGGUAGGUGUCGGGAGUAGUUUAACCUGCACGGGUCUGGUCUACGGAUUUGCUGCGCUGUACCCGAGAUUGAUACAAGUAUGAUAUGUGCAAUGGUGAUUAGCCUAACCGACGGUGGCUUAAACACUUAAAGAACGGGGAUCAUGACGCAGAAAGAACCACUCUCAGUUAUAAUCAUGUUGUCAUCGACACUAUUUCUUCGAAUUUGAACAACACUGAAUGAUCGUAAAAACAUUGCACUGAAAACCCUCUAAUCCCACACGGCGUAUUCUAUGGCGAUUGCCUUGCUCCGUCGAACGUAGAAAUGCGUCCGAUCACGCUGGAACUGGGUGACCAAGCUGAAGUGCCAACUAUCAGCCGCAACGUAGGCCUGAUCGCUCUCGUUCAAGAGCGAUUUUUCUCUGAGCAGGAAGAAGCAGGAAAACGGCAAGCAGCAAGUAGCAUGCUGAAGAACGCCGAACAGAGAGUAGGAGUGCAUCUUAGCAAUGACCUCAGGGCAAUGCUGGACCUGAACACGAUAGUACUAAGGAAAGCGAAAACCCUUGUUGGUGAUCUUGCAUCUUCUUCGUCCGUUCCAUUACAUCAGCAUUCUUCAGUACUGCAAGAACUAGAUGAAGAACAACCAACCUCAGGAGCAAUCCAUUCUUCAGCACUGCAAGAACUAGAUGAAGAACAAUCUUUUCCAUUACAUCAACAUUCUUCAGCACUGCAAGAACUAGAUCAAGACCAAGCUCCAGAGCCGAAAACAUGUGAGAGACAACAACUAG